CUUGUUAAUGCUUUGUUUAGUUACCCUUAAGAAUACAACAUCAUGUACAGAAAAAAAAGUUCAGCCAUUCCUUCAUUUUGUGCCAGAAAUGAAAAUCUGCACCACCUUAUGCAUGCUGGCCAUGGUUUUGGUGAUGAUGACCAGCGACUUCAUCACCGUCAUGGCAGUGACUGAGAGUCACAUUCCCACCACUUUGGAUGGCCCAUUUGAGCCUGUGACCCGCCGGUUCGACCCAUCACUGCGACGGGGCAGUGAUGACCUGCCCAUGACUCAUCCAAGGCUCAGAAAGAAUGUCACUUUGAAUUUCCCUGAACAGAUUGCUCUUGCAAUUUCUUCACCAACUUCUAUGUGGGUUUCUUGGGUUACUGGGGAUGCACAGAUUGGCCUCAACGUGACCCCAGUAGAUCCUGCAUCUAUUGGAAGUGAAGUGUGGUAUGGAAAAGAGAGUGGCAAGUACACAAGUGUUGGGAAAGGUGAUUCUGUUGUUUACAGUCAGUUGUAUCCCUUUGAAGGCCUAUGGAAUUACACCUCUGGUAUCAUUCAUCAUGUGAAACUUGAAGGUCUUGAACCUGGAACAAGAUAUUAUUACAAAUGUGGGGAUAGUUCUAUUCCAGCCAUGAGCGAAGAGCGUUUUUUUGAGACUUUUCCAAAACCUAGUCCAAAUAAUUAUCCAGCUAGAAUAGCAGUUGUUGGAGAUCUGGGCCUCACAAGAAAUUCUACAUCAACUAUUGAUCAUCUAAUUUAUAAUGAUCCCUCAAUGAUUCUAAUGGUUGGAGAUUUGACAUAUGCAAAUCAGUAUCUUACAACUGGUGGAAAGGGAGUUUCAUGUUAUUCAUGUGCAUUUCCAGAUGCUCCUAUUAGAGAAACGUAUCAACCUCGAUGGGAUGGGUGGGGAAGGUUUAUGGAACCUUUGACCUCAGAAGUUCCUAUGAUGGUUAUUGAAGGGAAUCAUGAGAUUGAACCUCAAGCUGGUGGGAUCACAUUCAAAUCAUACAUGACACGAUUUGCAGUUCCUGCAGAAGAAAGUGGCUCUAAAAGUAACUUCUACUACUCUUUUGAUGCUGGGGGCAUACACUUUAUCAUGUUAGGAGCAUAUGUUGAUUACAAUAGUUCUGGUGCACAAUUUUCUUGGCUGAAGCAAGACCUGCAAAACAUAGACCGUAGUGUGACCCCUUGGUUAGUAGCUGCAAUGCAUCCUCCAUGGUAUAACAGUUAUGCUUCACACUAUCAAGAAUUUGAGUGUAUGAGAUUGGAAAUGGAAGAGAUUCUUUAUCAAUACAGGGUUGACAUUGUUUUCAAUGGUCAUGUUCAUGCUUAUGAGAGGAUGAACAGAGUUUAUAAUUACACAUUGGAUCCUUGUGCACCAAUCUACAUAACUGUUGGAGAUGGUGGAAAUAUAGAGAAAGUAGAUGUUGAUCAUGCAGAUGACCCUGGAAAGUGUCCUUCUCCUGGAGAUAACAUACCAGAAUUUGGUGGAGUUUGCAAAUCAAAAUUUUCCUCUGGUCCUGCCAAAGGAAACUUUUGUUGGAACAAACAACCUGAGUGGAGUGCUUUUAGAGAAAGCAGUUUUGGACAUGGAAUACUUGAGGCUGUGAAUUCCACGUAUGCACUAUGGACUUGGCACCGAAAUCAAGAAAACUAUAAAGAAAAUGCAGUUGGUGACCAAAUAUACAUUGUGAGGCAACCAGAAUUGUGCAUGAAAGACUUAAAACCACAAGAUUCACAACAAUCACUUCCAUACAAUUCUAACCCUAAAUCGUCUCAUGCUCCUACCCAUCUUUCUGAGAAUUCUAUCAUCAUAUUCCUUGGACUUCUCUUUAUAUAUGGUCUAUAUUCUCAGGUGAAAUGGAGCUAGGUUUCAUUGUAUAAAAUCACAAGAAUAUUGGAGUGUAAAGAAUAUUCUCUUGAUAUUUCAUGGAUGUAUAUUAUGGGUGAUUUUAUUUGGCUUUUAAGAGAGGGAAAUCACUUUUUUUAAACAGAAAAAGCACUUAUUAAUGUUCAGUAAACCAAGUAAAUUUUCCCCUCUCUACACUUUUUAGUGAUGUAUGUCUUUACUUUUUUUAGUGAUGCAUGGGAUUGUUAAUUACAACUCAUAUGAGAUUGUUUAGCACUUC